CAAAACUCAUGCAAGUAACCGAUUCCUAAAAAAAAUAUUCAAAACGCAUUGCAAUUUUCUCUUUGUUGUUAGAAAUUACUUCAAAAUUCAUUUUUAUUGCUCCGCUAUGAAAAACACUUUCUCCACAUAGCUUUAUCUUAAAGAAAUUAUAUAUUCAUCAUCAAUAGUCUCAUACUUCUUCUGCAUUUCAUCAAAAACUAAAUUUUAAGAGAAAGUGUUUGAAACUGUGAAACAUCUUUACAUGAUAGUAGAAUUUCACAUCAUCCAAAUCAUAAAUAUUAUCAUUCGCUCUUUCCUCCCACCAUUAAAAUUUACAUAUCUCAAUAAUGUUUCUACCUCCAUCACUGAAUUGACUACCUCUACUAUUAGCAUACUCUUCCUUCUUCUCCAACAUUUCACUGAAUGCAAAAAUCCAAACGCAAAAUGUUUAGAAUGGUGAAAACUCCAUUUUCAAGAACUUAAAUUUACCCAGUACAUGUCAUAAACUUUGUCUGAGAUUGCUUUUCUUCAUCCUUCGUUAUCUUCAAAAUUGUGUAUUUGCUUAUAGAUGCGUGGGGAUAAUCGACAAUGCAAGAAAGACAAUGAUAGCACGAAAGUAAAAAACACACAUAUUUACAUCACGAACAAAACGCAUGUAUGUGAACUAUAUAUAGUACUUCUUCAAAUGGUGUAACCCUGAUCUAAUAUGUAACUAUAUAAUAAAAAGAGAGACAAUGAAAAACUCAAAUAAGUUAAUUAACAAAAGUCGAAUUUGCAUCAAACACUUAACCAUAGAAUAAAAUAAUAUGAACAAACUAAACUUAUAUACCCACACGUCUCAACCCUCGCCCAAAUUUCACACUACCAAUUUCCUAACUAAAAUUAAUAAUAUAAUAAUUGGUUUAAUAAUAAUUUCCUGCUAAAGCUCGUUUUACAUUAGUAUAAUUAAUAAAAGUAUUUUAUUUGGACUUUUAUUAAUUAAAGGACACAAAUAUCCUUCCUAAAUUUACUUAGAAUGUAGGAAAUUUAGAAUUAAGCAUGUAUCCAUGGAGAACCUCUUUAUAUUAGUAUUAGGAUUAAUCAAUAACGACUAUUACAUCAUCCUGUUCUAACUGAUCAAUCAAAAAAACUUGGGGGCAUAUGAUUAAGGGGAUUCCUAUUGGUCGUGCUAAUAUUGUUAUCCAUCGUUCUAAAUUUAAUAUAUAUUUACUAUUUUGUCCAAUUUAAAAUUUUAAACCAAAUCAACAAACAAACCUCACCCAUACCACCUUCCUCUUUCGCUGCUAAUUCCCGUUGGAACCCUUAGCCCGGCAUUACCUUCCUCCCGCUGGCCCACCUCCACCGACCGUCGCUGACGAACAAAACAAUGCGCUGCCCUCCUGCCACAACCCACGACGAACCUACCUCCAGCGACAAGAAGACACUCGUCGCCCGACUGCGCCGCCGAUCCUCUUUUUGCCGGAAAAGACAACCGGAAAAGGUAAAACCGGCAAACCCUUGUUCCACGUUCAUCUCCCUCCAAACUACCUCUGCUUUUUGUGAUUCUCAGGCGAUGUCGGCGUGUAGAAACUACGGCAGGUUGGGAGCCGAGCAAGGGGGAGCGAUGGGAGCUGAGCAAGGCAGCAGGAUAGAAGCAGAUUCGUCGGACGUAUGACAUACAAGCCUGAUUAAGAGGAAUGACGAUGUGUCGCUCUGUUUCGGUUCGCCGGCGGGAUGGCAGAGCAUGUUGGGAUGAAUAGCUUUGAAAAGUUAUAAAUGAAAUUCCUAAUGAAUUAUCUAGUAUUUUCUCAUAAUACUUAAAUAAGAUGAAUAAUUAAUAAAAGAAAUAUUAUGGAGAUAAUUAGGAAUAAUUAUCUUAAUAGAUUAUAUUUUAAUUAUGAGAGUAAUUAUCUCCCUAAUUAAAAUAUGACUUAUUCCCAAAGAAAGAGGGAAUAUUCUGGGUUUUCUGCUCCUAUAAAUAGGAGACGCCCCAGACCCUCUAAACACACCUCAGAAGAGCAGAAACACGAGAGAGAGAGAGAGAGAGAGAGAGAUAGAGUUCAUAGAGCUCCGGUUUACGCACAAAACCGAUGAGCAACAAAUCAGAAUGGUUGUUUUAUCCUGGAGGCGACCGGCUGAUAGUCUGUUGUGCGAAUAACGAGGCAGUGUCGCGAACGUCUUAAAGAGAGCGACCUAGUCCGCGACUCAGCCAAAUCAGUAACUCUAAAUUUUCUGUUCAGUUUCCAACAAUUUUAAGACGUUUGGCAACUGUUAUAGCGACCGAACAAAUUGCCGACCUGGCUCAAGUGAGAUCCUCGAUCUAUAAGCACACCUAUUUGAUUGGAAUUGGAUCGAUUGACGCCGAGGUCGAGGAAUAGAGAUCGAGACUUUCGCUUGCAUCAGGAUCCUGACAUGGAUGCCUUUCCUCCGGCCUAGCAUCAUGACGUGGAACGGUGGAAGCAGUAGCCGCCAAAUAAUGGCGAUUGAAAGAGACAGGGAGGCCUUUAAAAUAAUUUUGUCCAGAGUAUUUUGUGCAAUGCAGGUCUGCAUGUGAAAAGUGAAUUAAUUCCCUCCGACUCCUUGGCGGUGGCGUGGGAUGAGAGGAUUUUGGGCCAUUUUCUAGAAGAAAUUGAAUAAGGUAAUUCAAGGCGGAGAGUAGGAACAAUAAACUCUAAGCCUUUUGGUGGGAUCUAUAGAGAGGGAAAACGUAUUGCCUUCCGGAACCGGCCAACUGCUGGAAGUCGGUCAACAGAAGCCGCCCGGGAAUGAGGGUUUGCGAGAAUUGAAUGGGCCAAACCCCAAGGCAAUUCGGUCCAUAGCAAGCUAGCUCCCUUAUCUGCCUUUCAAUUUCGUCCCGGGCCAAGUCAAUGAAAGAAUGCCUCGGGUCCAUUUAAUCUACCCAUUCAUUUAAAGAGGGCCAAUACUAUGGUGCCGCUAUUAAAAGUGCGGCACCGGUGUGCCGCUGCUUUUUGAUUGGUCCACAUAGAAUGUAGUAAAAGUGGCGUGACUGCUUGGGUUUAUUAAUGGUCUGCUCAAGCCCAAUGGACAUGAGCCAGGUUCAGACCGGCCACUCCCCACGGAAACUUAAAAGAAAAUUCAGUAAAAUCAAGCGUCGUCUUUCUCGCUUGGCCGCUCGGAGCCACCGACUGACUGUCAAAAUAAUUCCGUCGACUAUUCUAUGGCUGAUCCAACCGCUCUCUACCAUGCCUCCACUAUAAUCAUUCACUGUCUUCCUCACUCCCCUCAACUCCGGAUUUUGCAGCAGAUGGUGACAAUUUCAGUUUGUGAUCGAUUUCUGUUAUCACUUUUCAGUCGUCAAUUCCUCUUCUCCACGGGAAUUGAGAGUAGUAUAUUAAUGCAGUAAUGUUUUUCGCUUUUCCUUCUUUAAUUCAACUUAAUUUUCUCCAUGUUGAUGAAUCACUAGGUCAUCUAUUCCAUGUGAUUCAUGCAUUCCAUGCAAAGGGAAGUCAGAGACGUAGCUAAGCAAGAGAAGUCCAAGCUGUUGCUACCUUUACGUGGAGAAUAGGAUUAGGAUGUUUGGUUUGUUUGAAUUGUUAUUUGUCAUUAUUAGAUUAGAUGCUUGCUAGCCAUGUCGGUUAGGAUUGGAUGAUAAACGAGAUCACCUUAA